CGGAUGGGCACACUGACAGGGCCAGGCUACUUGUGGGCUCUAUUGUCCGUUGCCGCCGCCGUCCUCUGCUGCUCGGGCUUCUAUCUUCCCUUCUGGGUUCAGGGCAGGAUACUGGGGAGGGUGGAUGCAUACUUUAACAGCUUCCGCCGCUGCAACUACCCCAAGCUCGGCCCGCAGGGAGUCGUGGAAAUCGUGAUGCAGUGUGCCCGAUACUCCAGGUGGAGAGAUAUCCCGAGUGGCUGGUGGCAGAUCAGCACAGUCCUGCUGUCUCUAGCUUGUGUCCUCACUAUCAUAGUGGCAGUGAUGGCAAUGUCUGCCUGCUGUAUAGACUACGUCAUUCACACAGCCACAGCGAGAACGGCAGGCAAUCUACAACUGCUAGCGGGCGUACUUGUAUGUAGUGGUCUGAUGAUCUACCCUCUCGGCUGGGACAACAGAGAGGUUAGAGACUGUUGUGGCAGCUCCGCCCAUGUCUAUACCCUUGGCAACUGUAGACUGUCGUGGUCGCUGUACCUGUUGGCUGCUGCAGUGGCUGUGCUGUUCACCUGCUUCGUCCUUAGUCCUUCUAUCUCCAGGGUCAACUACUGCUGUUAUCGCUCAUUUUUAUUCAAUAAGUGGAUAAUGUCCAUAUACUGUCGUGGUCGCUGUACCUGUUGGCUGCUGCAGUGGCUGUGCUGCUCACCUGUUUCGUCCUUAGUCCUUCAAUCUCCAGGGUCAACUACUGCUGUUAUCGCUCAUGACACUGACUCCUGGUGGACUCUCCCUCCAGGCGCUUCUUGGAGACCUCCACCCAGCUGUAGCGGAGCGCCGCCCUUCUUGCUCAACGCCAGAGACUGUCUAGCAGACCAAGCCAGAUUGGUGGAUCAACAUAACUACAACACCCGACACAGACACAACUUUCAACUACAGGCACAUCGACUCAGCUUGUAUGAAAAGAAGCCUUCUUAUCGAGGUGCUGCCUUCUUUAACCGGCUACCAGAAGACCUACAGAAACUACAGGAUAAACAGUUCAAGAAAGCACUCUCAGACUGGCUCUUAGACCGAUCCAUAUACACCAUACAGGAGUUUCAGGACUGGAGGAGUCUAUAG